UUAGAGACUUCCAUGAUCCAUCCCUACUCUUUUCCUUCGACUCCUUUCUCGAUUAUCAUGCCACGUCGUUUUGCUACGCCACCCUAACUCGCCAUUCUAUUCAAAUCUUCAUCUUUGCGACUUUCUGACCCAUGCAUGCAUCCCCGCGUGGCUUUAUUCAUUCCACAACCCAUUCUGCUUAUGAGGUCAUCAUCUAUGCUUUUGCACGUGCAUUCGUCAUAUCUUCGAUCUUCUUGCGCACAUACUAUUUUUGUACAUAUAUAGACUUAUACCUACCUACCUACCUACCUACCAUUUCUGCCUACCUGACAGUUACUGCCAAUGAAAAGAAAAUCAAUCGACGCAUACCCUUCUAUCUUGGAUACUACGUAUAUGUUGACCUAUUGGCCGAAUAAAUUCGUACUAGUUAAGUCCUGUCAUGUUCCGGCCUCCCAUCGAC